GACUCCACCUUCAGUCGUCAAAGCUCUAUAAAGAAGGUGAAAUCUGUUUCUCCCUCUCUUUUCUCUCUCACUAAACGUCUUACGCAGGACUUUGAGUCAACGAGAUCCGAUAUCGCCUUCAUCUCAGGAGGGUUGAGCCUGCGGACACAGAAGGCCUUCUAUCCACCGAGCCCAGGAAGAGAGUCUUGUUCAGCUCCUUCUUCAUCCUCCAACUAUGUACUCUGCAGGCGUGGAGAUCCUCGGGAUGAUCCUGGCCGUGGCCGGUUGGCUGGGGGUGAUGGCGGCCUGCGGCCUGCCCAUGUGGCGGGUGGCCGCCUACAUCGGUCAGAACAUCGUCAUCUCCCAGGUGAUCUGGGAAGGCUUGUGGAUGAACUGUUCGGUGCAGAGCACGGGCCAGAUGCACUGCAAGGUGCACGACUCCAUGCUGGGGCUACCGGUAGACCUGCAGGCGGCUCGUGCCUUGGUCAUCGUCUCCAUGGUGAUGUGCAUCGUGGGCAUCGGUCUGUCAGUGGCUGGCGCGAAAUGCACCAACUGUAGCCGGGAUGUGAGCAGCAAGCCACGGCUGGUGGUGGCUGCUGGAGCGACCUUUGUGGUGGCUGGACUGCUGCUGCUGGUGGCUGUGUCCUGGACGGCCCACGCCAUCGUCCUGGGCUUCUACGACCCACUGCUGGAGGAGACAGGGAAGAGAGAGUUUGGUAACGCUCUGUACUUUGGCUGGGCUGCCUCCUGCCUGCUGAUUCUAGGGGGGGUCCUGCUCUGUUGCUCCUGCCCCCCCAAAUCGGCCACAGCACCGAGCGGUGGCGGCUCUGUGCCUCCCCGGGUGGACUACUCAGCUGUCAAAACCAUGUCAGUCAAUGGAUACACCAGAAGAGACUAUGUAUAAACAUGUGACAUGUGAGUGCGGAUGAAGAUACACCAGAUAGACAAGCGUUGAUUAAUCUGUGGUCAGUGGCUGGAAGCCUGAUGACAUGGAUUUUAAUGCAGCAUAUUGGACUUGAACAUUAAGUAUGCAUGCUUCAUGACGUGUCCUUAUUAUGUUGUCUUUAUUAUGUUUUUUUGUAGCGGUGGGCAUCUUAUGUUGCUCUUAAUAUUUCAUUUCUACUAUUACUACAUUUGAUUUGUAGAUUUUGGAUUUUUAUUUUAUUAAGAUGUGUUUGGUGUUCAGAAAUUCACACAGUUUCUAAGCAGGUAAUUCCAGACUAAAGUGAGUUUUUACAAAAUUAUAAAUAAAAAAACAAACUUUCAAACCUUCUUCAUAGUGGAAAUGCAGUUUGUAACUCGGCACUUUAAUGCCACAGAGUCAGAAAUUGAUGCUUUAAUUAAGUGUAACAUAACCACCAUUUCUGCACAAGUUCUUCAGUAUGCAGAAAGAGGGGCGUAAGCCAGCUGUAGGGCUCAGCGCAGUCUGAGCGAUAAGAGCUGUACUGGUGCACACCGAAAUUAGGUAUUUUAUUUCAAUGCAAAUGGAACACAGGAACAAUGGUGGGCUUGUUUUAGAAGAGCACCUUAUGCUUCCCUUCCAUUGUGGCCUGUCCUCCAUUUGCGAGAGUGAAACUGGGUCAGAGAUAAAGGACUAUCUGCAAGGGGAUGUAUCCCGGACUGUAAUUGAGCCCAAACGGAGCCACAAAGACCCGGUUA